AUGAACAGCACAUGUAUUGAAGAACAGCAUGAUCUGGAUCACUAUUUGUUUCCCAUUGUUUACAUCUUCGUGAUUAUAGUCAGCAUUCCAGCCAAUAUUGGAUCUCUCUGUGUGUCUUUCCUGCAAGCAAAGAAGGAAAGUGAACUAGGAAUUUACCUCUUCAGUUUGUCACUAUCAGAUUUACUCUAUGCAUUAACUCUCCCUUUGUGGAUUGAUUAUACUUGGAAUAAAGACAACUGGACUUUCUCUCCUGCCUUGUGCAAAGGGAGUGCUUUUCUCAUGUACAUGAAUUUUUACAGCAGCACAGCAUUCCUCACCUGCAUUGCCGUUGAUCGGUAUUUGGCUGUUGUCUACCCUUUGAAGUUUUUUUUCCUAAGGACAAGAAGAUUUGCACUCGUGGUCAGCCUGUCCAUCUGGAUAUUGGAAACCAUCUUCAAUGCUGUCAUGUUGUGGGAAGAUGAAACAGUUGUUGAAUAUUGCGAUGCCAAUAAGUCUAAUUUUACUUUAUGCUAUGACAAAUACCCUUUAGAGAAAUGGCAAAUCAACCUCAAUUUGUUCAGGACGUGUACAGGCUAUGCAAUGCCUUUGGUCACCAUCCUGAUCUGCAACCGGAAAGUCUACCAAGCUGUGCGGCACAAUAAAGCCACGGAAAACAAGGAAAAGAAGAGAAUCAUAAAACUACUUAUCAGCAUCACAGUUACUUUUGUCUUAUGCUUUACUCCCUUUCAUGUGAUGUUGCUGAUUCGCUGCAUUUUUGAGCAUGCUGUGAACUUCGAAGACCACAGCAAGUCUGGGAAGCGAACUUACACAAUGUAUAGAAUCACGGUUGCAUUAACAAGUUUAAAUUGUGUUGCUGAUCCAAUUCUGUACUGUUUUGUAACCGAAACGGGAAGAUAUGAUAUGUGGAAUAUAUUAAAAUUCUGCACUGGGAGGUGUAAUACAUCACAAAGACAAAGAAAACGCAUACUUUCUGUGUCUACAAAAGAUACUAUGGAAUUAGAGGUCCUUGAGUAGAACCAAGGAUGUUUUGAAGGGAAGGGAAGUUUAAGUUAUGCAUUAUUAUAUCAUCAAGAUUACAUUUUGAAAAGGAAAUCUAGCAUGUGAGGGGACUAAGUGUUCUCAGAGUGAUAUUUUAAUCCAGUCCAAUAAAAAUAUCUUAAAACCGCAUUGUACAGCUCCCUCCCUGAGUUUUAUUAAAUGAUGUAUAUUAAACAAAGAUCAAUAUUU